GUUGUGUAGGGAAGAAAAAGGUGUUGUGUUGUUGUGUAGGGAAGAAAAAGGUGUUGUGUUGUUGUGUAGGGAAGGAAAAAGGUGUUGUGUUGUUGUGUAGGGAAGAAAAAGGUGUUGUGUUGUUGUGUAGGGAAGAAAAAGGUGUUGUUUACUUUCCCGAAAUGAGGGGGACAGUUUUCUAAGCUGUGGAUUACACUGAGGAUUAAACACCAUGAGCGACUCGGAGGUGGAAAGGACUAUGAUGGGGCGUCCGCCCAGCAGCUACGGCUCCAUGUGUAGUGACAAUCCAGAAGAAGAUGAUUAUGAAGACGUCAUUGAAGACGCUGUUCAUCAGCCUGUUAUUAAAGUCAAUUUACCCACCAGGAUCAAGAUUCAACGCCCAGACUCGCCAGAAACAGGCGUCACCUCAGUCACACAAGACCGACAAACCAGCAUCCAUAAUGAGGGGGUAUACUUUACUGCUCAAAGGAGGCAGCCAUACCCAGAAGAAAUUAAUAUGGAGGUAGAAGAUAAUGAGAGUUAUGUGUUUCCGAGUGAAGCCCAAGGCAGAGAGACGCUGAAUAUUCAGACUGAACCAAGUGUUCCUGAACCCACACACUCUCCCUCUUCUACAGCAGAUUCAGCAGAUGAACUUGCCCUGCCCUAUAUAUUUACGGCCAUGUUGAACACUCUUAGGAUUCUUAACAUCGUGGAGCUGCAGUGUUUCGUGCGCACUCUGUGCUCUCAGUGUGACGGACAGCUGGAGUUCCGGCAGCUGGAGCAGGAGGGUGAGAUCGACGUCCUGGACGUGGUGGACAGAAUGCUGGAGAAAUGGAGCAGAGGAGAGACGUUACACAACACCAUACGCACGCUGUACGACAUCAACAAGCGAGACCUUGCUGCCAGUCUGGAGAGUGUGUGCAGGCGAGCUUGGGUGCAGUUCGAACUGAGAGCCAGUCACAAGCGUCGUUAUUACAGUCUUUAUGAAGGAAUCUGUCGCCCGGGGCAACAGCGCUACAUCAGGCACGUCUAUGUCGAGUCGUCCCUUGUGCUGGAAACCCCACAAAACGAUGGAAGGUCAAUCCGCACCUGCGACCUUUUCUCUCCGCUCGAGAGCGAAGGUCAUGUCCGUGUUGUCGUGACAACAGGCGUCCCGGGCAUCGGCCUUUCGGUGGCGAUGCAGAUGUUCCUCGUGGACUGGACGGAGGAGCAGGCAUGUCAGGAGUUCCAGUUUGUUUUUGCUCUUCCGGGUCGUGACCUUCACCUGGUCAGAAACUCGGAUCAGACUUUCCUGGAGUUUCUUGCCGCGUUUUAUCCUGAAACAAAGCAAGCGGAAUUCCUGGCACGCGAAGACUGCCCUGUGCUGUUCGUCAUCGACGCGCUAGAGCUCUGCAAGCAACGUCUCGAUUUUCAGAACAAUCCAAGCGUCACCGAGAUCACGACUCCGGCUCCUGUGGACGCCCUUCUCACAAGUUUGAUCAAAGGAGACUUGUUGCCUCAUGCGUGCGUUUGGAUCACAGCCCAUCGUUCCACAUGUCGGAAAAUCCCCCAAAAUUGCAUUAGCAGGGUUACAGAGCUGAAAGGAUUCGGCAAUGCGCAGAGGGACGAGUACUUCACCAAGCGUACCCGAACUCCAGAGCUUGGCAGAAGGGUUCUAGAUCAGGUCAGAGGUUGUCCAGGUCUGUACGACGCUUGCUAUUUUCCUCUAUUCUCCUGGAUUGUGUCGGUCGUUUUCGAGCAGUAUUUACAGAACCGAGGGAUCAACGAGCAAAUGCCAAAAUUCACCACUUUCUACGCGCAGUACGUGAUCGUGCUGACGAACCGGAAAAUUGAGCGCUACGUCGGUACGGGGAUCGAGGCUUCACGCUGGACAGAGGCAGAUAAACAGUUCUUGAUGAAAAUGGGUGAGUUGGCACUGCGGAUGCUGCGUGAAAACAAGAACAUCUUUCAUGAAGACAGCGUGUCGCGUUUGCGACUGGACGUCAACGAUGUCACUCAUCGAGGCGGGAUCUCAUUCGAAACAGGCGAAUCCACCAGAGAAAAUAGGAGGAGCUUUAGGUUUGUCCACAGCAGCAUUCAGGAAUUUAUGGCUGCAUUGUACACCUACGUAACGUUUCGGGUGACGGGAGAAAACGUUUUCGAGCCGAGAGGCAGAACGCGGACGGAGCGACCUGUCAGUGAGCUUUACAAGCCCGUCAUUGACACGGUGCUCGCCAGCCGGGACGCACACAUGGACCUCUUCCUGCAGUUCCUGUUAGGAAUGUUGGCCGAAGAGACGGAGAUGCAGCUGCGUGGCCGCCUGCUGCCUCAGCGUCACCCGAAACCACAGGGUGUGGACGGUGUGCUCAAGCAUGCGAGGAAGAAGAUAAAGGAGAACACCGUACCCGAGCGGUGUAGAAAUUUGGAACUGUGUCUCUCCGAGCUGGAAGAGAGCAAGCAUGUGCAAUGAGACAAGAACAAAAUGAAAAACUCUUCGAUAGAAGCACCUGAGGAAAAGAGUUUAUUCUUACAGUACACGUUUUAGUGUGUGGAGUGUUUACAGGAAAUUUUAUAGUGACUUCCUUCUGUAAGGCAGAGUUGUUUAAGCUGCUAAAGGCUUUCACAAGGCUUCAAACUCAUCAUGUUUUCAUUCAGUGAAAAAGCAGCAUGCACCCGAGCGCCGGCUAUCAGCAGAGACCGGGGACGAGACCAUGUGGAAACUGCAUGUAGUAUGAAAAAAUAUAGCUAGUUAUUGCUCCUUAUAUAUAUAUUUAAAUUGGGGAGUUGAAUGAAAGAACUAGAAUUUCUGCAGGAUUUACAUAACAUCCUUCUUCGUAACCAGACGGUGAACUGAUUCGAUUUUGAAAUUAAUCCAAAGUGGUUCAAGGUUCCCAUUUAUUUGAGUGAGGGGAAGCAUUAAGUUUAGAGCGUUGCCGUAACAACGACAAGUCUUCUCUUGUCCAAGUUAAACAAGGUGCUAAAGUUAAUCCAACAUGUUAUGUGUAAAAUUCACAAGAAGGGAAUUUUCUCCCAUGAAGGGAAAUGUGCUUUCUGAAGCAGGUUAAAAUAUCAUGAGAAUUUUCUCUGUGUUGGCUCUCGAAUCGUUUACUACUUAAAAACAGAGUGUCAGUCUCACUACAGCGUUCUCUCUGAAUCACUGAGGAGAUGUACACGAUUCCCCAUUAUUGACCGUUGCACCUUUUUGCCUCUUUGGACAAACAGUUUAUCCAUAAAGUAGACAGACAUCUACAAAGGACACUAAACAGAGGCUUGUUAUAUUAAAUAAUGACAUGUGUUUUUGUACGUUAUAAAGACGUUGUGAUUCGCCUCAGCUUGGAACGUCUUGUUUUUGUGUGCAUUUUUUAUUUAGAUUUUUUUUUUUAUCAUUUCAUUCAAACACAUCGAUGGGAUUGAUUAUGUUCAUAGCUAGGAACUAGGAAGUGUGAUUAAUAUAAAAUACAUUAAUUAUAUGUUUAUUUCAGGAAUUACGACCAUAUAUUCCUGCCAUUCCCUAUCCUAUCUUAUCCUGGUGUGUAAAGUAAUUACAAGAUUGUCGUUAUUUAAUUUUUUUGUCUGUAUUUAGUGAUUUUAAAGGCAACCCGUCACUCUCCCGUACAGGUUCACAAUUGUUGAAGGAUGCACAGUGACACCAUCUGCUGCAAGUCAAUGUUGUAGGUCUUUGGAGGUGGUGUGAGGGCUGUUUUUGACCGUUCUCACCAUCCUACGCCACUCCAAUAUUUUACGUGGCCUGCCACGUCUGGCCUUAACGAGAACUGUGCCUGUGGUCUUCCUGUUCCUCACAGUGUACAAUGACAGAUAUGAGGCCUUCAUGUUGCCACUCUUCAGAGGAGAGUCAAAGAGAACAACAAAUUGCACCUUAAAUACCUUUUCUCAUAAUCGGAUGCACUUGUCGAUGAAGUUCAAGGCUUAAUGAUCCACGAGACCAAUUGUAUGUUCCAAUUAAUCCAUGCUAAGUAGUUACAGGUAUUCAAAUCAACAAAAUGACAAGGGUGCCCAAAUUUAUGCACCUGUUUAAUUUGGUUUUGAUGCAUAUUGUGCAUUUUUCAGUUAACCCAAUAAAUCUCAUUUCACUGCUGAAAUAUUA